AUGGCGUCGGUGGUAGCAACCCGACUUCCCAAUGCCCACGUAGGCGGCAUAGACAGAAAUGUGCACAAGAACCUGUCGCAAACCACACUACGCCCGAAUCCUCCCCCCUCGCCGCCCACAACCGAAACAGACACCGAGACAGAGUCCGACACCUCGAAUUCGCCACCAAGGUUAUUCACCACGCCUCCAAGAAGCCGAGCCAGGGAAGAACACGAUGAUGAUACUUCAUCUGUAUCCUCGCCCGUUACAUCACCGCCUUAUUGGAUGAACAACUACCCAAACCACACUAGGAAUGUUUCCAGCACUUCCGUAGAAUCCAUACCAACCGGCGGCAUCAUACUACGCGACAACGAGAACAGUAGCCUAGACGAUAGGGGCAGCGCCUGCUGGGCCAAGAGCGUCGAGAUCACCGAUUUCGUCACCGUCAACGGCAGCGCGACCAACAUAGGAGCCUUUGUGGUCUGGAAUAUCAAAGUCGGGACACUAAGUGGAAGCUACAUGAACAUCCGCAAGCGAUACUCCGAAUUCGACGACUUCCGCUGGCGCCUCAUACGCACAUUCCCUGGUUUCGAGGCGGCCGUGCCUGAGUUGCCACCCAAGGGCUUUGUGUCCAAGUUCAGGCCGAGGUUCUUGGAGAAGCGCCGUGCUGGUCUGCAAUAUUUUCUAAAUUGUAUACUACUAAACCCGGAAUUCUCUGGAUCUCCCGUCCUGAAGGAGUUCCUCUUCUCAUGA